UCCUGGUAGCCAUCUUGGAUGUGCGGAGUGAUUGUUUAGCGAGAAGAAUUGACAUUUUUUUAAGGAAAUAACCCUUCGUGGUGAAUCGCUGAAGAUUUGGCGGAGUGUGGCGACCGAGAAGAGCACUCGUACCUCGGAAAGAUCCAGUGAAAGAAGGCAUGAAGACAUCAUCCUAGUCAUCAGUCAUGGCCGAUAAAAGGAAACUUCAAGGUGAAAUAGAUCGAUGUCUGAAAAAAGUAGCGGAGGGAGUGGAGCAGUUUGAGGACAUUUGGCAAAAGGUAAGAAACGAUCAUCACGCCAACACAAACCAGAAGGAGAAAUAUGAAGCAGACCUCAAGAAAGAGAUUAAAAAGCUACAGCGUCUGCGAGACCAGAUCAAGACGUGGGUGGCAUCCAACGAGAUCAAAGACAAAAGGCAGCUAGUAGAAAACCGCAAACUCAUAGAAACGCAAAUGGAGCGAUUCAAGAUCGUGGAAAGAGAAACCAAGACAAAGGCGUACUCUAAAGAAGGCCUGGGUCUGGCGCAGAAGGUGGACCCGGCCCAGAGGGAGAAAGAGGAAGUCGGCACGUGGCUGACGAAUACGAUAGACACUCUGAACAUGCAGGUGGACCAGUUUGAGAGCGAAGUGGAGUCUCUCUCAGUCCAGACGAGGAAAAAGAAAGGAGACAAGGAGAAGCAGGACCGAAUCGAGGAGCUGAAGAAGUUCAUUGAGAGGCAUCGGUACCACAUCCGGAUGCUGGAGACGAUACUGAGGAUGCUGGACAACGACUCGGUGCAGGUGGAAGCCAUCAGGAAGAUCAAGGAUGACGUGGAGUACUAUAUAGACUCCUCGCAGGAUCCUGACUUCGAGGAGAAUGAGUUCCUUUACGACGACCUGGAUCUGGAGGACAUCCCUCAGUCGCUGGUCGCCACCUCACCGCCGGGGCACUCGCAGUUGGAGGAGGAGAUCUUCCAGCAGUCCAGCAGCACACCCACCUCCACCACCUCAUCUUCACCCAUCCCCCCAUCACCUGCCACUUGCACUACAGAGAACUCUGAAGAUGAUAAGAAGAGGGGACGUUCGACAGACAGUGAAGUUAGUCAGGUUAGUCCUGUGAAGAAUGGAAAUCCCUCCUCUUCGUUAUCCUCUUCUUCCUCUUCCUCCUCUUCCUCUGCCUCUUCUUCCAUCUCGGGACUGACCUCAUCUUCGAUGGUCUCUAUGGCAACUAUCGCUGGGGGAGGAAGCAACAGCUCUGGGGGUAACAGUCAUCAUGGCAACUCAGCGGGUCACCUCUCCAACACUUCCUCUGGCAGCUACAGCAACGCCACCCAGCAGCCGCCGCACUCGUCAGCACAGCAGCAGGCCAAAAACUCUGUUAGCUCCUCCUCCUCAGCUCCUAUCUCCAACUCCAGCACCUCCAUCAACAGCCACCCCGCCUCCUCGGCCUCCUCUCCACCCAACGCCAGCACACAGGAGCUACGUGCUUCAAUUUCACAGCCCCAGGCUCCGUCAGGGUCCACGCCAACCUCCAACAGCCUAGGCCUCAGCCUGGGUCUGUCUUUGGGGAAAAGUGGUGUGUCGGGCUCCGUUGUUACCAGCCCCAUGUCAGGAGGGCUCGGCCUGUCGGGGAUGCCGGCAUCCUUGACGGGCACCAUGGCGAGCCUUCUGUCCAGUAACACCCCUGCACCCUACGCUCAGGCGGUUGGCUCCAGCUUACCUGGCUCUCUGGGCGGAGUCAGCACGGCAACGACCAACAGCGCUGUGGGCUCCAUCGGCACUGGGAGCAUGACAGUCGGCGGGCCGACAUCCUCAUCGGGAGGCCUGCUGGGUGCGGCGCCGGGUGGGGUCGGUUCAGGGAUUCUGGGUUUGGGCUCUGGUCAGUCAGGGGUGCAGGGGUCAUCCUUGGUGUCACCGAACUCCAUGGGAGGUUUAGCUCCAGGUAGCGGAGUAGGAGUCAUUGGGAGCAACGGAGGCAGCUCGGGAUCGGCGGGGAGCGGAGUAGUGGGAGGAAACUCGCUCUCUGUGCGACCGCCAAGCCGACAGAAGCAGAACGGUAGCACCAGUUACAGCGCUGUGGUGGCAGACAGCGCAACAGACUCCGCCCUCAACAGUGCCAGCCAAUCACAAAGCAGCCAAUCCUCAUCUUUGACCUCCACAGCCAAUCAGCUUAAGGACACUGGUCCCAGUCUGCUGGGCUCUAUGAGUUUGUCGUCCAGCUCCCCAUCCCCGGCCUCCUACAGCGAGGCCAAAACGGCAAGCGGCAGCAGCCUGCUGAACGGGCCCAUGUCCUACUCACAGCAGUCCUCUGACAGCAUCAAACCCCAAGAGCCUCUGAGCAGCCUCAAGUCCAUGGCCGAGCGAGCAGCAAUGAGCUCAGGGAUCGAGGGAGAUGUGACCUCCCUGCACCUCACCCCAGACAUCUUCCCCAGCAGCACUACGGCCCCUUCAGGCCCCCCAUCAGCACCUCAGCCCUCGCUGUCAGAGGUCAGCAUCCCCCCGUCGUUGGGGGUCUGUCCGCUGGGGCCGGUUCCCCUGUCCAAAGACCAGCUGUACCAACAGGCCAUGCAGGAGGCAGCGUGGACGCACAUGCCACACCCAUCCGACUCCGAGAGAAUCAGGCAGUACCUGAUGAGGAACCCCUGCCCCACCCUGCCUUUCCACCACCAGGUGCCACCGCCCCACUCAGACACUGUAGAGUUUUACCAGAGGCUUUCCACAGAGACCCUCUUCUUCAUCUUUUACUACCUGGAGGGCACUAAGGCCCAGUAUCUGGCAGCCAAAGCCCUGAAGAAGCAGUCGUGGAGGUUCCACACAAAGUACAUGAUGUGGUUUCAGAGGCACGAAGAGCCCAAGACCAUCACUGAUGAGUUUGAGCAGGGAACAUACAUUUACUUUGACUAUGAGAAAUGGGGCCAGCGGAAGAAGGAGGGCUUCACGUUUGAGUACCGGUACCUCGAAGACCGAGACCUCCAGUGACCUGCAGAGGGACGACAGGACGGACAGAUUAACGGACAGCUCAGAAAAGGAGAGAGGGACAGAGAACCAAUGACCGAAUGAAGAAGGGCGAUCCACCUGCUGACAUUCCUGGAUUUGACCUCAGCUUGCUGGGGAAAGGAGAUGCGUGGGCCGGAGAGGGGCGGGCGGGUUUCGUCCCUCCUCCUGACCCUCCAACCCCGCCUUACCAUCCUCACCCCAGCAGUAAUAACUCCUCCCACUCCCAUCUCCUCCUCCUCUUUCUCUCCCUCCAUCAGCAGGCCUCUUUUUUGUUUUUUUUCCCCCUUUAAUUCCUGACUUGGACAAACCACACACACAAAAAUCACACAUAAUAUUCCAGCUGCGUUUCAUCCUCAGAGUUAUCCUGUUGAUUUGGCUUUAAAGCUGUUUGUGUUAGCCUCGUAAAGACCAAAGAUUGUUGGUCAGUUCCACUCGGGGUGCAGGCUCUGACGUCAGUGUGUGCUGUUACACCUGCAGCAGCAGGGCGGGAUCAGCUGACAGAAACUCCUUUUAAAAUCAAGCCAGAAGCAGAGACUCGGCUCACCUGCUGAUGUGGUGCUUCACGUGACCUGGAACAUAACGAGCUGCAGUUUCUGGCUUGUUGCCCGCUGUUUGAUAAUCCGGAUUCAUUUGGAUACAGACAAAUGUCUGCAGGGCUUCAUAAUGCAGUCACACACAGUGGCCACAUUAUUAGAUACAGCUGUCCACUCUAAUCCUUCGUGAUGCCUUCAUGAUCAGUUUGAAUGGCUCACCAGAAACAGAACAUUUAGAGCUGAUUUAGCUUAAAGUUCCCAUUAAAUAUUCACACUGGGAAAAAGUGAGCAGAGCUCAUGUAAACCAAAUCAUGGGGUUCAGAAAUGAUCUGAUCUCCUCUUUUAUAUCCUCAGACCCGGGGUGCUGGAGGUGAAGCUGUUAAUGGGGGGUGUGCCUCAACCAACUAGGAAAUAAAUACAGUCAGUGAAAACUCAGAGGAGGAUGACCUCAUCUCAGGCUCUGUAUGAUCGAAGGAGAUUCAGGGAAUGCCCGUGUUGGCUCACAGAGGUCGCCCUCUAUUAACGUAGAUUAAAAAGACUGUAUUUAUAAAACUCUCACUGCAUGAAGUGUCCUGAGCAGAGCUGAUCUUUAGGCCCGGGACCUCUCCCCCUGUGUGGCGGCUUUCAUCGGAAGCUCAGGUGUGAACUUCCUGAGGUGCAAAGCCGUUAAAUUUCAGUGUGAAACGGCAGAUGAACAGCGUGGUCUCCUGCCCUGCUGCUGCUGUGAUCAGGGGUCCUUUUGGAGCUGCCUGUGCCGUCAGCAGCUUCACCUUCAGUGUGUUCGGCUGCAGGUUGGUUGUUUUUCAAACAGGUAAAUGUUGGGUGUAGGCGGCGCCGCAGGCCUCGCGCGCGCUUCAGAGGUUUGUUGUUUUGUUUUUUUGUCUUGUGAGGUCGUCGUGCAUUUUGUGAAUAUGCUGGUCUAAAAAUAUCCCGCCCUGCCUACUCCCAGCUAUCCGCGGCGGAGGAGUGUGACAGCACAGCCGGCGAGGUGUUGGUAGUAACUCUUUUACCUGGUGGGCAGCGUUAUGUCAGUUUCACUAACAUGGCUUCAAAUCUUUAAGAAUUCAAGUGGAAAUGAAGCCUUUUGUCCUCCCAUUGUUACAUUCAAGCAUCUUGGCAUAGAUGCAUAGUUGUAAUUUUUCUGCGUUCACUCAAACGCAGCAGAGGUAAAACCCAGAGGCCCCGCCCCCCCAGAUCCUCCUGUGAGUACAGGUAUGAAUACCUGCUCCACCCGUGUUGCUGUUGACUAUUAUUUUUUUAUUUAAUGCUUCUUUCUGCACAGGCCAAACUGCAUCCCUGUGCUGGGGUGCCCCCCCCCCCAAUCCAGCUGCUGGAUACAUGAAUGAUCAGCUGCUCACAUCUGUGCGAACAGGCUUAGACGCACACGGCAGUUUCACAUUUGGGGUGAAGUGAGACUGAUUCAGGGUUCAGAUCUGAUGUAAUUGUUCUCACCAUGUUUACGCCGCCUCACUCGUAUAAAUCUGUAUUCAAAGCAAAUAGUUUGGCAGUUUGGAGUGUGCAGAUGUUCGUGUGUGUAUGGUAAACGCACAGCUGGACCCACCAGCUGCUUAGCGCAGCGUAAAGCCAGGGCGGGGGCCGCGGCUCGCGCUCAGAUGACCAGUGUUUGUUUUAAUUGGUACAAAAAGUGAAAAAACAUGAACUAGUUUAUCUUCAGGCCGUGUGUUGGGCCGUGUCUAGCUGGAAGCUUCCGGUCUCAGAGUGUCUCGGAUAGCUAACCUCAUAAACCCACAAACUGCUGUUUUUCUGUUUCACUUUGCGCACUAAUUUAACAACCUGAACUUCACUGUUUCCACUGCGCGUGGCAGAAAUGAGCUGAGCUGCUGUUGACUUCAACAAGCGAGCGAUAAAACCGUGUUGUCCCCAAACCGGCACUCAGCUGUUUACCUGAAAACGUGCCGAGAUGUUGUCGCCCAAGGGCGUCGGAUACAGACGGGGUGUCCUUCAGCAUCACUGACCAGAGCGGGCCUGCACCCCGGGGUCACAGUCCGAGCAGGAACCCGCCUGCUCGCUCCGUUUGGGAGCUUCACGUCCUGCACUAAUCUCUAACAGUGAGGUCCAUCUCAGUGCUGCUGCAGCCAGAGGGUCAGGCACACACUUUCUACGUGUUUCUGUUUUCACACACGCACCGCAGCCCUUCUUCUUUUGUAUUUCAAAAAACAGAGACCCUGAUGUUGGAAUAGUGUUGAUAAUUCCCCAAUCGAGGCAGCUCCUUCACCUAAACCAAACCAAAUACUGCCAGGGUUGCGAGUCGUCCCUUUCCUGCUUUUGAAAUAAGAUCCUGACCUGCUUCUCCUGAAAUUGUCUGAGGAGCUUUGGAAUGAGGAUGGGCUUGGGAUGCUGCAGCCGGCUGAAAAACGAGCGCGCCGUGAGCCGAGCGGGAGAAUCGAUCCUGUGACGCGCACGGCUCCGGCACUGAGCGUUGUGAACGCUGUGCGUGUUGGAUGCUGCCGGUAGCUGGACGGACAGUUUGUUCAUCUCCCACCAGCCUCCCUUUUUCCUCCCUCCCUCCUCCUCCUCUUCCUCUCUCUGUGCUGAAGAGCACAAACAGCAACACCAGCACUGCUGCCCACACCUCCUCUGUCCUCCAGCUCUCCAUGUUUACACACUGAAGGGUUCGAGCGAGCCGACGGGGCCCACACUGAACACACACACUCACACUGCCGAGCUUCUUCCACAGCUGCCAACAAAACUCGGCAGCAGCUCGUUUUCUUUCUCUUUUUGUUUUCUUCAGUUUACGUCUCUUCCUCUCUCUCAGCCUCCUCCUCUCUUCAUGCCAGGUAGAUAUUUCCUUUAUUUCUCAGGAAGUAUUUGAUAGACCAUUUUAUGAGGAAAUGUAUCCGCCAGCAGCUCCGUCACCACAGCACAACCACAGUACAUCUCUCCCCACAGCUUCGUUUUCUUCUCCUUGCUCCACAGCAGCCCUUCUCAUUUCACACAACACCUUUUUUCUUUUUUAAUACAAAUAUCCUCCAAUGUUUGGAGCAGCACCUGGAAGAGAGACCAUCUUUAUAUUUUGUAUUUGUUAUUUGUGGUAGAUUUUUUUCUCUCCUCAGAGAUCGGGGAGCUCGUUUUAACAGCCAGAGGAGAACGGGGACUCCUGUUCUUUUUAAAGAUCAGCGACUUCUCAAAAAGGAGUGUUUUUAUAACAGACACACAACUCUACACACAUUCACUUGACUGACAGUCCUGCUUUUAACGUUUUUCUUUUCUUUUUUUGACAAGCGGGCGUGACGAGAGGUCAGCCGGAGCUCGAAUGUGAAUCUCUGUCUGCCCCUUGGCAAAAAAAGCGUAUCGACUCGUCAUCCUUCAAACCUCUUCUUGUUUUUUGUUUUUCAUGUGUUGUCAUGAGACAGCAUGGAAUAAUGACACUUGCAAAGUGGCGCUGAAAAAGUAAAUAAUGACAUAACCAUGAAUAAAGGAUUGUAAAAUAUUAAUAAAAGAAUUACUUUUCAGAAAUC